UGCUGGGAAUCGUAUUGAUUUGUAGUGCCUUCUCUUGAUUCAUUGCCGCAUUUUUGUCUGGUCCCUUUUCCUUUUCUUGGUGGGUGGUGCUAGAUCGUCAUAGUCCGCGACUUCUUGAGGCUUUUGGAGCUUUGGGUUUCGAAAUCCCUGUGUUUUAGGACGCGGGUGUUGGUUUUUCAUGGUGGAAUGUAACAAUCCAUGGUUAUGUUUAAAGAGCUGAGCGGCUUGCUGCGACUCUUGAUUCAGGAAAAUUGUGUUAGGCAUUGUUACCCAAAUAGCGAGGGUGGUUUCAUGUCUUCUUUAGUCAUCAAAGAUCCUUUAUUUUCGAAGGGGUUUCAUGGUUCAACACACCCUUCACCUUCUUUGCCAAUUCAAAACACGUUUUUUGUGGGGAAAGUUGUGCCCAAGAUCGACAGCUGUAAUGGGUUCAGGAUAAAGGGUGGUGGAAUUGGAUUGACGCUUAAGGGGUGCUUUGAAUUCGAGUCUCACAAAAAGAAGGGGGAUCCUGAUCCUAAGAGCAUUCUGCAUAAUCCUCUCGCAAUUGCGCGAGGUCAACAAUACACGCUCCAUCGUGGGGAUGUGGAUGUUGAAUAUAAGAAGGAUGCUGGAUCUUUGAAUGGUAGACAAUGGAGCAACCAUUCUGGUUUCCCUCACCAGAACUCGCCAGAGAAGAUAGUAGUUGCCGUUGAUGUCGAUGAAGUAUUGGGUAACUUUGUCUCAGCUCUCAACAGAUUCAUUGCGGAUCGGUACUCUUCAAAUCAUUCGGUCUCGGAGUAUCAUGUGUACGAAUUCUUUAAGAUUUGGAGGUGUUCUCGCGACGAAGCUGAUCUACGUGUUCACGAGUUCUUUAAGACACCAUAUUUCAAGAAGGGGAUUCACCCAUUGCCAGGUGCUCAGAGGGCACUUCACAAAUUAGCAAGACUCUGUAAACUCUCAGUGGUCACGUCAAGACAGAAUGCAAUCAAGGACCACACGAUAGAGUGGAUCGAGAAGCAUUAUCCUGGGUUGUUUGAGGAGAUUCACUUUGGAAAUCACUUUGCCCUAAAUGGGAAAUCUAGGCCUAAGUCAGAAAUAUGCAGGUCCUUGGGAGCUAAGGUUCUGAUUGAUGAUAAUCCAAGAUAUGCUAUCGAGUGCGCCGAUGUCGGAAUCAAGGUUCUCCUUUUCGAUUACGAGAAUUCCUAUCCAUGGUGCAAGACAGAGUCAAUCGAUAAACAUCCCCUGGUCACGAAAGUCCAUAAUUGGGAAGAAGUCGAGCAACGAUUGGUUUCUUUGGUUGCAGCUUAGUUUUGCGACAGGGUGAUGAGGGAGGACCGGCGGGCACCACGACUUGAUCAAGAACAAGUUCCUGUGCCCGUAGCUUCAUGAUGCUUGAUGCCAACAGAGGUCACCUUGCCAUUAGCUCAUUCUUUUGGUCGAGCCUUCCAUGUCCUGAAGGGACCAAUAAGUCAUGUUCGUAUGUUACUACCGAGUACCGACGGACAGUAGAAGAACUACUCGAGUGUCGGUUCCUCGCGAAGACGGCUAUGACUAGGAAUUCAUCAAACUUUGAUAUUUUUCUUUUGGGCAGGUCUAAAUGCAACGCUAAAGGAAAGCAUAUACGACCUUUAUGUUGCUCAAAGCUCAAGAUCUGCUGAGACCUCUGGUAUCUUGAGGUGGAUUGACUCUUGAAUCGUCUUUUAAAUUCGAAGACAUUCUAUAAUUUGCUCAUCAGGUGGGCCACGUCUAAACGCAAAAAGAUUGGUUCUUUGGAAAAUUUUCAAAUUA